CUGACUUGAUUUUCGGCAUAUUUUCGAUAACGAAAUGCCGUGCAUCUAGCCUAAAUAUCAGUAAAUAUAAACAAAUGUGACAGAAAAGAUUUAUAAAAGAUCGUGAAUGCUAGUGGAUUGAAUUAUUUCUCUUCUGCGUGAGUUUAACAUAAUUGAAUUGUCAAAAUGGCAUUACGCACUUAUGGAGACAAACCCAUAAGUUUCCAAGUAGAAGAAAAUGGAGAGUACUAUUGCAUUGGGUCGGAAGUCGGCAAUUACCUGCGUCUUUUCCGCGGGUCUUUGUAUAAACGAUAUCCUGGCAUGUUCAGGAGGUCCAUAACUAACGAUGAACGUAAAAAAUUAGUAGAGCUUGGAUUAAGUCAACAUGUUCUGGCAUCCAGUGUCUCAUUGUUGAGAGCCAGCGAGGUAGAAGAUAUUAUUGAGGGUAACGAUGAUAAAUACAAAGCUGUGUCUGUCCAUUCGACUGAACCACCAGCACCCAGGGAAGGUAAAUCCAAAAAGUCAAUGGCAUGGGUGCCUAGUUUACCAAACAGUUCACAUCUAGAUGCAGUUCCUCAAGCUACUCCAAUAAAUCGCAACAGAGUACAUAAUAAAAUUAGAACAUUUCCAUUAUGUUUUGACGAUACAGAUCCAUCAGCAAACUUAGAAAAUGCAGCACAACAGGAAAUGCUUGUUCCAAUUCGUUUAGACAUGGAAAUUGAAGGUCAAAAAUUAAGGGACACUUUUACUUGGAAUAAAAAUGAAAGUCUCAUAACACCCGAACAGUUCGCUGAAGUACUAUGUGAUGAUUUGGACUUAAAUCCAUUAACGUUUGUCCCAGAUGCACAAGCGAUAAGACAACAAAUAGAAGCAUUCCCACAGGAGACAAUUUUGGAAGAUCAAUGCGAUCAACGAGUGAUAAUCAAGCUAAACAUACAUGUAGGCAAUACAUCGUUAGUAGAUCAAGUAGAAUGGGAUAUGUCUGAAAAAGAGAACAAUCCAGAGAAAUUUGCAAUGAAGCUUUGCGCGGAACUCGGCCUCGGCGGAGAGUUUGUCACCGCCAUCGCUUACAGUGUACGUGGACAAUUGUCAUGGCAUCAGAGAACGUAUGCAUUUUCCGAAGCGCCGCUUCCAACCGUGGAAGUCCCUUUCAGACCUCCGUCAGAGGCUGAUCAAUGGGCACCAUUCUUGGAAACUUUAACGGACGCGGAAAUGGAGAAGAAGAUUCGCGAUCAAGAUCGAAAUACUCGGCGUAUGCGACGUUUAGCAAACACGACACCUGGCUGGUAGACUGCAGUUAGAAAAAAAAAUACCAUCCACAUUUUUUAAUGAAUACUAUUUCCAUGUUUUGGUAUAUCCUCUUGAUAUUUAAGAUAAGUAACAGUAUAAUUUUUAUUUCAAUACCAUCCACAUCGUAGAAUAUGAAAUAUAUGGAAACAAUUAUUUAAAAAGAAUAAGAGAUACUUGGUUGCAUCUGACGAGAUGUAACAAUAUCAUAGUCAA